CUCUUUCCCAGAUCUUGUCCUUGUCUUUUCCGCUUUAUUUGUCUCUUCAUUCCCUUACGACUCCUCCCCCCUCCAGCAGCAGCCAAAGGGCAGGGUAUCGUGAAUCGGAUUACCUGCAGACUGGGCCGUUGGGCACCUUCACCGCAACUAACAUUUGAGGGGAAACGCGGGCGGGAUAUGGCGAGAGCUCCAAUCCGAUCUGACGCCCUUUGUGGCCAGUGACCCAUCUCAAUACUCUGCCACGUCCAGUGCUACGUCAAGUGCCACCGCCAGUGGACGGGAGUUCCUGAUCCAUGUGUAGUGAUGCUGCUGCAUUGGACCGCAGUUGCCGACGACCCUGCAACCCCCCGCCCCCCUCCCCGAUGCUCGAUAUUGCCGGAGACUCGAGAUCUUGGUCAGGUUUAAUGUGUAAACUAAAUCCGGCUGCUCGUAUCAGGGACUCCAGGGCCGGGAAGGGCUCCAUGGCAUCGUACCCAAGCUUCUCUGCUAUCAAAUUGGUAGCUGGAAACGAAUUUUGUUCUCAAGGACUCGACCCCCCCCCCCCAAAAGCCCGAGGCCAUGGGGAAUUUUCUGGUAUCGGUGGGCUAAUGGCGGUUUCAACUCGUCAUGAUUGACGAGCGAUCUUCUCACGGCUAAACCUUUCUGGAGGAUGAUCAACUUGACCGACGCCGAGGAAAGGCCAGCCGUCCCGCCACGAGUUGCUUGUCGGACAUCGAUGGAAGCCGGCGGACACUCCAUCCAUCCUCAUCCUCCAAUGGCGACAAUGGCCCGCGUUCUCAACCUCCGGCCACUCUUGAGAUGGCCUGGGCUCUGCUCGGCCAAAGGGCGGGCAGUCCAUCGUCGUCAGUUGUUCGCGGCCAUCGCGCUAGUAAAUGUACAUGGGCUACUGGCCUGGUCACGUCUUGUGCGCCAUCACCCUCCUCCCAGGCGCCCAGCAAACGCACGCACACGAGCGGGCAGCCCUGGUGUACCUACAUGAUUCGACGGUUAGGCUACCAAGGCCGUGGCAUGUACAGGAUGCAUACGACGUGCAGCCACCUCACCCAUUCGACGCCGACAGUUCCGCGUCACCAGCAGCCCAAUGCAGCUAUUCUCGGGGGGAGGACUCACGAGGACCCCCCCCUAUUUGGCGGGGUCCCUUAUGUUCUGUUGUCCCUGAACGUCAAGAGUGUCAGAGCAAUAUCACAAGCAGGCAGGCAGACAGAUUGGAGAGAUGCCGUUCGGCAGGUUGCUGUUUAAGAAUCCCACGCUCACGACGAGCGGCAUAAGGGUCUGCCGUCGGCCUUGUUGUCGUGGCUAGCACACCAGUAGACGGCUGACAAGCUCAAGACUGACCGACUAACUGACUGACUGAUUGGAUAUCAUGGCAGGCGUCAGCCGCGGCGUGCUCUGUACAAGCAUCUAGCCUUUAGAUGCGAUCGACCGUUGCCCAACGUGCGCGGUGGUUGUGUCGUGGUAUAGCAACGCUCCGC